GCUGCUGCUGUCAGUUUUAUGGUUGGAUCUUUUGUUUGGCUGGAAGAUCCUGACGGCAGCUUGGAUUUGACGGUGAAGUUGUGGAGAUUAAUGGUGGAAAAUAUUAAGGUCGUUUGCACAUCGGGAAAGACGGUAAGGGCUUCCAAUGUUUAUCCAAAAGAGUGCAAGAGCCCCCACCUUUGUGGAGUGGAUGAAUAUGACAAAAACUGGCUUAUUUGCAAUGAACCAGGAGUCUUGCAGAAUUUUAAAAGAUCAAGAUAUGAUAUGAAUGAAAUUUAUACCUACACAGGGAACAUAUUAAGCGUGAAUCCUUUUAGAAAGUUACCACAUUUGUUAUGAUGUCAUAUGAAUGGCGACAAAUAUAAAGGGGCAGGCUUCGGGAGGCUGAGUCCACACCUGUUUGCUGUUGCAGAUGCUGCGUACAGGCUAAUGAUCAACGAAGGGAUAAGUCAGUCAAUUUUAGUUAGUGGUGAGAGUGGGGCUGGUAAACCAGAAAGCACAAAAAUUACUUAUGCGUUAAUCUUGCUUAAUGGAGGGAGAGCUGCUGCUGAGGGGAGGCUGUUGAGGCAGCAAGUCCUGGAGUCCAAUCCUGUUUUAGAAGCAUUUGGUAACGCUAAGACUGUUAAGAUAACAAUAACCUCAAGGUUGGGAAGAUUUUGUGAGAUUCAUUUGAAUCAGAGGGGAAGGAUUUCAGGAGCUGCUAUCAGAACUUGAAAAUUGCUGGAAAAGAUCACGUGUUUGGUCAAGGUUUCUGAUCCUGAAGAGAAAUUAUCAACUGCUUCUACAUGCUUUGGUGCUGCACCACCGGAGUAAAUACAAGAUUGGGAAACCCCAAGAACAUUCCAUUAUCUGAAUCAAUCAAAUUGCUUCGAAUUGGAUGGUGUUGAUGAUUCUAAGGAUAAUGCAACGAGGAGGGCAAUGGAAAUUGUUGGAAUAAGUUCUGAUGAACAGGAUGCCAUAUUUCGAGUUGUGGCUGGCAUCCUCCAUCUUGGAAAUGUUGAAUUUGGCCAAAAGGGGAAGGAAUUAGACUCAUCGAUGCCUAAAGAUGAAAAGUCUUGGUUUCAUCUAAAAGAACUGCUGCUGAGCUUUUUAAUGUUGGGAUCUGAAGGCACUAGAAGUACUCUCCUGUGCAAACGUGUAAUGGGUGACUCGUAUGAAACUAUUAUCAAAGUUUUUUUGGGGGUUUUUUUAGAUCCUGAAUCUGCUGCAGACUUAGCAGAAAGAUGCAUUGGGCUAAAAUUGGUUUACUCAAGGUUGUUUGAUUGGCUGUGGUGGAUAAGAUUAACAGUUUCAAUUGGUCAAGAACCUGAUUCGAAGUUCUUGAUGGUGGUGCUGGAAUAUUUAUGGAUUUUUGAGAGUUUCAAGACAAACAGUUUUGAGCAAUUUUGCAUCAACUUGACGAAUGAAAAACUCAGCAAAUUUUUUAAUCAGCAUGUCUUCAAGAAUGGCAAGAAGAAUAUACAAAAGAAGAAAUUGAAUUGGAGCUACAUUGAAUUUGUUGAUAAUCCAAGAAUGUUCUGGAAUCUCAUUGAAAAGGAUGGAACUAAAAUAGACAUAUCUAAUAAUUCAUCCCCCAACACCAAAAAUAUGUGUAUGUUUCCAAGAGUUCAAACACAUGAAACUUUUGCUCAAAAGUUAUACCAGACAUUUUAAAGUCAUAAACGGUUCAGUCAGCCAAAAUUAGCUCGAGUGACUUCCAAUAUGCCCACUAUGGCUGGUGAUGUAAGUUCACGUAUCAAAACUGAACUGUUUUUGGACAAGACAAAAGACUAUGUUGUUGCUGAGCAUCAGGCACUCUUAAGUGCUUCCAAAUGUUCCUUUUGUUUCAGGAUUGUUUCCACUUUUAAAGCUGAAGAAUCUUCGAACAGUCAAAAUUCUCUUCAAUAGGUGUCUCGGUUUAAGCAACACCUACAAGCUUUGCUUGAAGAACUCUCAUCAACAGAGCCACAUUACAUUCGCUGUGGAAAGCCCAACAAUCUUCCUUAAGCCCGCAAUUUUGAGAAUAAAAUGUUUCUUCAACAGUUACGAUGUGGGUCCCAUGAAGCAAUUAGGAUUAGUUGUGCAGGUAACCCUACUCGAAAAAUUUUCUUGCUGAGCCUUGAAGAUUUCUGAUGCUUUUGUAAUGCAAUUCUCUGUCAGUUUUCUGAUGAAGUUGCCUGCUGUGCAAGAGCUUCUGAAAGGUCGGACUUAAAAGGCUAUCAGAUUGGUACAAAGGUUGUUCCUAGGGCUGGUCAAAUGGCAGAAGCUGGAUGUCGCAGGAGUAGGGUGUUAGGAAGAUCAGCGAGCAUUAAAUUUUCAAAGGAAAGUGCGGUUUACUGUCUCGCAGAACUUUUUAUAAGCUCCCGUCGAUCUGCAUACAGAUUGCAAUCAGCAAUGCAGAGGACAACUUCUCGGCAAGUUUAUGAGAACAGCCGGAAGGCUGCUUCUCUAGAUCAAACAUAUCUGCGAAUGCAUUUUUGCAAGGAAAAGCUAAUACAGAAUUGUCUUGCCUCGGUUAUAUCUAUUCAAACCGUUAUGCGUGGGAUGGUGCCUAGGGAUGAAUUACGCCUUCAGAAGGCUGCAAGGGAAACUGGUGCUCUCAAGCUGCCAAAAAUAAUUAGAAAAGGCAAGUUUGAAGAAUUAACAUGGAGACCUCAGCUGGAGAAACGCAUGAGGUUCAUCUGGAACAGAAAUUUUGAUGAAACAGAGAAAAAUUUGAAAGAGCACCGAACAAAUAAAGUGGAAGAAAGUUUGAAGCAAGCUUUGGAGGCAGAGUCUAAAUUAUUGAACCUGAAGACUGCAAUGCAUUAGGUUUUAAAAGAUUUUCUGGACAUGGAAACUGAGAAACAAGUUCUUCGGCAGCAAAGUUUAGUCCAGACACCUGUAAGAGACAUCAUGCGCCCUCCGAUUCCAAGCACCCAAGUUUGGAAAAAAUGGUCACCAAUUGUGAAUGAAGAGGCAAAAGCCAAUGAACCACAGACACCUGUAGGUAUUUUUGGCACAGAGUCAGAUAGCAAGCUUAGGAGAUCCCACAUUGAACGUCAACAUGGAAAAUAUUGGAGCUCUAUUAGUUGCGUUACGACUAACAUUGGCUAUAGUCAUGGAAAACCUGUUGCGGCAUUUACCUUAUUAUUGUCCUUCUCACUGGAAAAUCAUUUUGAAGCGGAAAGGAACAAAAAUGAAGAUGAUAAUGAUCAUAAAUGGCUUUACUGGUUUAUCAAAUACAUCGACUUUAUUGUUUUUGCUGCAACGGAUCCUGAAGGCAGCUGGUGCACUGGUGCAACUCCAAAUAAGAAAGCUUCAUCCUUGUUUGGGGGGAUGGCCAUGGGUUUUGUUUCUCCUAAUUGCAUUCUUGGUCCAAUUCCAGGGUUUUCCGCUCUUCACCCUCGCUCUUCAAACCUUGCUGCUGCUGCUGCUGCACCGAACAUAUCGCAGAAUUCCUCACUGUUAUUGAUAUCUCAGGUGCCUCCAGUUCUUAAUCCAGAAGAAUCUAUACCCAAACUUUCUCAUACAUCAAUGUACAAACUAUUCAAUAGCUGGAGGCUUAGAGAGCUAUGUGUUGCCAAGCCUAAAGAAGAGGUAGUUGAUUUUGCUUCCUUUUGA